CUGCUAGAAAGAGUAGAUUUAGAUCAACUGUUGUGCCUGAUCCUCCUAAUUAUGAUAAAAAUAGUGAUGAGAACAGUUCUGAUUCUACAGAUAGUUGAUGAUGAAGACCGUGACCCUAUGUACGGAAAUGAUGGCAAAAAUAUUAGUAAAUGUUUAUUUUCAGUUGAUGAAGAAUAUGACCAUAUGUACAGCAAUAAUGACGGCAAAAAUAAUUUUUCAAUGGGUGCAUCUAAUUCUCCAGACUUAUGCAAUAUAAUUAAUACUGAUAAUAGAAAAAUUUUGUUUCAAAGUCAGCCAUUAUUAGUUGAAGAACAUGAAGACAAUAUCUGUAAGACAGUUUCUUUAGAAAGUAACCUAAACCGUCGUGAAUGUCUUCCAACGCCCAAAUCUGGUAGUAAAAGUCUUGAAAAGCCAUCUUCAAAAAUGAGUCAUGAUGAUUAUCAAACACCACAACACUAUGAGUAUUUGAGUACUAUUCAAAGCUCUUCAACAGCUCAUACCACACCCAUUACAAAAUAUGUUCAUAGUACACAAAAAAAUGAAUCUGUUAGUAAAAAACGAACAACAGAAGAGCAAGACAACAUGAAUAAAAAGCAUAUAUGUGAAAACGCUGAUGAUCAGCUGAAAAUGAUGAACAAGGCAAUAAUUGGUCUUAAAUAUGAAUUAAAAAGUGUAUCGUAUAAUAUUGAUUCCUUACAAACCAUGACUAAAAACAUUAUGGAUAAACUGUCCUCGAUUAAUUCUUUGCCUCAAUCACAAGAUAGUGAUGAGUAUAAUGCUACCAUUGCAGAUACACUGUGGCCAAUUCAAAAUGAAAAUGAGCUUAAUGAACAAGAAAGGUUACUAAAGGAGGAUCUAUCAGAAAGAAAUAUAAUAAUCAAGCAGUUAUCCAGACAUUCUGGCAAAACAAUUCAAGAAACAAUAAGACGUAUUAUGCAGAACAUGUUUAGCGAUGAACUGCUGAAAGAUUAUUCCUACUUAGGAUUUAAAGGAAAAAAUGUAUUCUCUACAUUAGGUAGUUGCAAAUUAAUCUUUGAUUCCGUAAGAAAAAUUCAAAAAAUUUAAAGAUGCUUGUGAUCUAGACAUAUCUCUCGGAAUAAAAAAUUGGAUGGCACAAGCGUCCAAUAGGAUAAAAAAAAAAGAAAACAUUAUUGCUCGUUCUAUUAAUUCCUCAGCUACACAUCAAUAAUUGAAUAUGCUAAAUGUUAAUUAUCCAAAUAAGUUUUUUUUAUUUUU